AAACAAACCGUGUCUCACCCAUAAGUCACUACUUCACUUUUUGGAGAGUUAGGACAAUUCCACUAACCCCUCCACAAUGCCAACCCAACACUUCCCCACUUUCCUCCUCUUCCUUUUCCUUUUCCUCUCUUGCUACAUCACUUCAACUUCAUCAUCACAAAAUGAAGUGACUGAUGAUUUUGUUAAUCCCAUUGACCCCAAGUUGUUAAACCUAAACAAGAAGGCAAAGCUAAGUCAUUUAAAAGUCUAUUGGCAUGACAUCAUGAGUGGAGAAAACCCCACUUCAAUUACAGUUGUUCCACCACCAUUAAAGCUAAAUACAACCACUUCUUUUGGUUUAAUCAACAUCUUUGACAACCCUUUGACUUUAGGACCCAAAAUGAGUUCCAAACUUGUUGGAAAAGGUCAAGGGUUGUAUGCAUCUGUAUCACAAGAUGAACUUGGUUUGCUUAUAGCUAUGAAUUUUGCUUUUAUUGAAGGAAAGUAUAAUGGAAGUGGUAUUACUAUCUUGGGAAGGAAUUCAGCUCGUGAUGAGGUUAGGGAGCUUCCAAUUAUUGGUGGUAAUGGAGUUUUUAGAUUUGCUAGAGGGUAUGCUCAAGCUAGGACUUACUCAUUUGAUAUCAAAUCAGGGGAUGCUUGUGUUGAGUUCAAUGUUUAUGUUUCUCAUUAUUGAUAUUGUUAGUUGUUGUUUGGUGUUGUUCAUUUUAUUGUUAUAUUAGAAUUUAUGUGAUUGUGUUAAGUUAGUUUUUGCAAUGUGUAUGGUAAUUUGGUGUUGGAUUUGGAUUUCCUAGAUUAUUAAUUUUAAUAAAUUUGUAGUCA